UGUGGGCUUGUUUUCGCUAACUUCGUGGCUAACAGCUGAGCUCGCGUGACCCUCCGUGUCCUCCAACACUCAAUAGUUGACAGCCGGUUAUCUAAGGGCGAGAACACCCCACAAUAAUGGUUUUCGAGGAGAAGAUGAUCCUGAACGGAGAGCCCGAGGAUGAGGAAGAGGAUGAAGAGGAAGAAGACAUGGUGGAUCCCAUGGAAACGAUGCGACAGAAGUGUGAGGAGACGGAGCACUGCGUUCACACUCGGGAGCGUCUGGAGCAUUGUGAGUCGAGGGUCGGCUCCCGGUCUUCGACAGCUGAGGAUUGCACCGAGGAGCUGUUUGACUUCCUGCAUGCCCGCGACCACUGUGUGUCCGACAAACUGUUCCAUGCAGUCAAAUAAAGUCUUCUCCGAUGGUCGCACAGUUGGCUGAUGACAUUCUUCAAAUAUUAUGAGGAAAAUAUUGUUUUGAAUACAUCCAUAUGUGGAUCUACUAUAUGUUGUAACUUGGAAUGUAUACAUUACUGUAUCUGUAUAAGUAUUUAACAAGGUAGCUUGAGUCGACAUUUAAUUAAAGUGGGUGGCUUGAAAACCUCA